AUGAAUCCGAUCGUCUUUGGCCUCGACUUGAGAAAUAUCAGGCCUUCUGCCUUCAAGUCAAAGAAUAUGUGGAACAAGGCGUACCACCUGCGGUCGGAGCGGUUCAUCCUGUACCAAUUGGCCAUGGUCAUCACGGUCGUGGCGGAGUGUCUGGCCACAUACGCGCUUGACAAAUAUCUCCACCUGCAAGACCAUUCGCAGAAGCGGUACCCAGGAGUAUAUGUAUACAACAACGAUAUAGUGGGCGCGACGGGCCUCACAAUCUUCGCAGGAGUCUUCAAUGCUUGCGUAUUCGGAAGCAUAUUCUUCUUCCUGCUGUUCUGGCCCGAAUCCCGGGAGACGCCCUUCUGGGCAGCCGCCAAACAAGUCGGAGCCGUGGUAGCGAUGUUGUCAGUCUUGGCUGCAUCGAUCACGUCAACUGUCAUCGGAGCAACACAUUCAGCUACCAUCAGUGGUGUAGACGAAGCCACUAGACAAGCGAUCACCGCUGAAGCUGAGGUACCCUUAAAAUAUAGUCACUACCGCUACAUAAUUGUGUACAUUGUACUCCUUUGGAUAGGCUGGGUAUUCACAUUGGCCAGCACCGUCAUGGUCUUCAUCGCAUCCAACUACUACCUACACCAUCAGCCGGCGCCCCAUCCUACAAGGCAGGGCACAGCUGACUCUGAAAAGGCGCUCCGAAAUGACGGCGCAGCUCAAGCAUAG